AUGAGCUCCAACUCUGCGACAGCUUCCCGCACUUCAAAUGCCUCUUCGCCUGGCCUACGCACGCAUCGAAUGCCCGCUCACUUCUGCGUGUUGCAAGGCCGACUCCCAGGGGAUCCGGAUCUGCUCGGAUGGGGGUACGGGCACAUCGGGCCGAUCUACGAGACCAACAGCGGUGACAAUCAGGCAGGCGGCGGCAGUGACACUGACGCGACCCUAUCUUGGUGGCCGAUCCGUCCCACAGGCUUCUCGGUCAUGAUGCGUGGCAAGACAUGUGAGGCUGUCUCCCUGCCUCCGGACUCCUUGCACGGGUCAAGUCUCCACCCGUACCGCCUGAUUCAGCUCGGACCCCAUCCUACCGAAGCGAGGUGGAAAUCCAGCAUCCCCGGGAGUCUCGUCACGAUCUCACAAGUCUUGAACUUCAGCAGUGCAUGUGGCGCGGCCGCAGACCAAGACAGCUCACUCACGAUGUCGUGCCAUCAGCCACCGGGAGCCAAACGCCGUGAGAUCCGCGAGUACGCUCUCCGCUCAUCAGAUUGGCAGGAGUUUGUGAUCUUGGGUGACACGGCGGCGUUUGAGGGCAAGAUCGUCUCGGGGUCCGUCCUGCUCAAAACUCUACCGGACGCAAGCGAUGCUGAGCGUGAGAUUCCGACCGGUCGACCCCCUCUGUUCUCCGGCUCUCGACUCGACGCCACCAUUCUCUUUCUCCCUUCUUCGCCUUUCGACGCUUCGACCACUCUGAAGACACUGACGAUCGACUCGAUGGGCAAAGUGCGAUACGGACUCGACGGGGCCCUGACCCCUGUCAGCUUCCGUUUCGGUUUCGACACCGGCGACACACCUACUUACCUGCAGGUUCAGAGAAGCGACGAUCACGGGCACUGGACCGAGAUGUACUCCCUCCCCAAGUGGUCGGACGGGUGGUCGAAUGGGUGGUCGAUGUUCAUACGUCGCUCCGAGGCUGAUCCGACCUCCGCAGACUACAAACCUGUUGGCUUGGUCCUCUUGAAACGAGAUCCUGCUACAGAGACCACGCAUGACAACGCCACCGUCUAUGGUGAGGGUACCGUGAUCGAGCUCCCAUACAGCAGCGCUCCGGAGCCGAGCCGGACCGGUCAAUGA